AUGUGUGACUUUCCCUGGAAAAUCUGUUUAGGAGUCUGGAUAUUUGUAUUGAUUGAAUGUGAUUUUCAAGCAUUUACAGAAGAAACUUAUUCAGCUGAAGAGGACAUAGAAGCAAAGGGUGCUACACCAGAUCUUUCACCUGAUGGCUGGCGACUAGCAAGUCCUUCCCAGUUUCUGGAAUCUAAGCAUCUUCUUGAUUUCAGGGAAUCUGAGAGAUUCAGCAGACGCCUAUUUCGAAGGAAGAGAUCCAUUUUCUUCCCUACUGGAGUUAAAAUAUGUCCAGAUGAGUCCACUGAGCAAGCCAUUGCCAAUCACUUGAAAUACUUCAAACUCAGAGUGUGCCAGGAGGCAGUAUGGGAAGUCUUCAAAACUUUCUGGGAUAGGCUCCCAGGACGCGAAGAAUAUCAAAACUGGCUGAAUCUAUGUGAGGAAGGAACGAUGAGUAUAUUUGAGAUGGGCACCAACUUCAGUCAGUCGGAAGAGCACCAAAGCCUGAUAACAAAGAAAUUGUCCUAUGCAAAAGAAGCAAUGGGUGGUUCCUGCAGCGACUGGUCCUGUGGUUUGGGAAUGCCAACACCUUCUCCAGCUGGUGAUGCUACCACUUUGAGAGAUGCAGCUGCUAAUGUUCCACCUCCUGAUGUGGUCUCAGUUGAAAGUCCUUCAGACAGCACUACUGACAAGAUUGAAGACUCAGAAAUCAAUAAUGAGAUAAAGAAAGAUGAUGAGAAGCUGAUAAAACCAGCUCAUGAACAGAUGGUUGAGUUCAGCAUCCUUCUUCCUGAAGAGAAAUACCGCAACGAGCUGAAUGACCCCUUAACCAAAGAGUACCAGCAACUCUCACAACAGUUUAUUUCAGAAAUUCAACAUGCUUAUGAAGAACUACCUGGGUACAAGAAUAUUCAUGUAACAGAAUUCAGGUCUCCUCAGGAUAAUAGCAGUGGUGUGGAAGUUCUGUACACUGUGGUUUUUGAUGGGGAAGCCAUCAGCAACGCCACCUGGGACCUGAUUAACCUCCAGUCCAAUAAAGUCGAAGAUAAUGCCUUCAUGGAGAUUGAGGAUAACCCAACUGUUGUUUACACAGUCAGUGACUUCAGACAUUAUAUUGCUGAAAUUCUUCAUAAGACCUCUUUACUUGAGAAUGCCUCGCUGAACUUGGAUCCUGACUCUCUCCAGCUCAUUAAUGUAAAGGAAGUAGUCCCUUCUGUUACUGAAGAGCCGUCUCAAAUUACUGCUAAGCCUAUUGAUGAUGAUCAUGUUGUUGUAUCUGAAUGGCCUUCUGCAGAUGAAUCAACUGUAAGCAACAUCUUGCCACUUGAUCUCACCAAACCAGGUUUCAUCUUUGAUACUGAACAGUACAAUGGCAAUGAAGUCUGGUUAAGACCAGAUGGCUUUCUGAACCCUGAAAGCAACUUCAGUUCAACACCAAAAGCUACUUUCUAUUCCAAAGCUGAUAUCACCGUUCCUCCAGAUGAUCUGCUUUUUGUAGAUGAGAAGCUGCAUUCUGUCACACCAUCUGUAUUAGAGACUGACUCCCCUGUGGACAUGGAAAGCUUUUCUGAUUUUUUUCCUUUAGAAGAUGAACUUGAGGAUGCUAAGGAGUCAGAUGGUUUGCUCUUGCCUUCAACCUCUACCUCUCACCUUGUGCCAAAGAAAAUCCAGCCCACAAGUGAUUCUGUCAUUCCUCUCACUCCUAUACCAUCAGUGGCCUCUGUAUCUGCCAUAGAAUCUGGUACUGAGGAAGUGAUGCCCACAAAUUACAUAGAAGAGAACACUCUGCAACCUUAUAUAUAUGAUGGAGACAAUAUAGAUGAAUACGUCUCUGGUUCAGGACAGGAGCCUCCAUCAAAUAUAUGGCCUUGGGACAGACCUGUAUUGGAUUCAGAAGGUUCGGGUGUAUAUGACUAUAAGGAAACAAACUUUAUAUUGGAUCCCUCAAAGGAUUAUAUAUCUCCAAAUCUACUAGAUGAAGUUGAAGUCAUUUCCUUGUCACCUGCUGGAAUAGAAGACCCCUCAAUAGAAAGUGGUCUUGCUACAUCUACUGAGGUGCAUAGCAUACUACAACUGGACGAUUCCAGUGAGGACUAUCAAAUAAUUUCCGAAACAACAGGAAUUCAGGACCAAAUAACAGAGCAGUCAGCAACACAGCAUCCACUUAUGACUGCUACAAUAGGACAGCCAGACAGUAGCUCUUUAUGGACUGGAUUAGUGAAACCAGAAACAAUUUUAACAGCAGCUCCUUCUGCAGAAGGUCCAGUGGAUUAUUUUGUAGUGGAACAGCAGAUCCCUCAUUCAACAGCCCAAGAGGCCUCUGGAUCAAUUGUCCUGAAACCUGUUACUCUUCCUGCUGAAAGUGCCACCCGCCAACUUGCCGAUGAAGUCACACAUUCAGUAGCAUCCACUGUUUUUGAAGUUUCAACCCAAAUUCCUUAUGUAAUAGAGGUGACAACUAGUUCUGUGGACUUCACUGGAGAGUUAAGUACAAUCUACACCACUCAGACUCCCCCUAGUAGCUUUGACAGUGAAGUGAGCUCUUCUGCAACCUUGACUAUAACAGAGUAUUCUGUCCAUGUCCUCUCUGACAUGCCUACUUCACAGCCUACAGUAUUUCAACCUACAGUUGUCCCAACGGAACUGGAAGAAGACUUGAUCACAAAAAAGUUGGGCGUUACAGUAUGGGACCAUGUAGGCACAACAUAUCCUGCUGAAAUGAACCAGGAAGGAAGAAGUAUGACUGACAGCCACAUGGAGCUGUCUACAAGUGCCCACUCUACAGAGAUGGCUAGUGUAGCUGGGGCUACUCAUGAAGAUCCCAGCAAUGUUACUGUUCCAGCACGUGCUUUAGUAGUAUUCUUUAGUCUUCGAGUUACCAACAUGAUGUUUUCAGAGGAUUUGUUCAACAAAAAUUCUCCUGAAUACAAAGCCCUGGAACAGCGAUUCUUAGAACUGCUGGUUCCUUAUCUGCAGUCCAACCUAACAGGCUUCCAGAAUCUGGAAAUACUUAACUUCAGAAAUGGCAGCAUUGUGGUGAACAGCCGAAUGAAGUUUGCAAGACCUGUGCCCCGCAAUGUCACUAAUGCUGUGUACAUGAUUCUGGAAGACUUUUGCAACACUGCCUAUCAGACCAUGAACCUGGCUAUUGACAAAUACUCCCUUGAUGUGGAAUCAGGAGAUCAAGCUGAUCCUUGCAAGUUCCAGGCAUGCAAUGAAUUCUCUGAAUGUCUGGUGAACCAGUGGAGUGGAGAGGCUGAGUGUGUCUGUUAUCCUGGCUAUCUCAGCAUUGAAGGAUUGCCCUGUAACAGCAUUUGUGAUCUACAACCUGACUUUUGUCAAAAUGAUGGGAAAUGUGAUAUAAUUCCAGGGCAGGGGGCAAUUUGUAGAUGUCGCGUGGGUGAGAACUGGUGGUACAGAGGAGAGCACUGUGAAGAGUAUGUCUCAGAGCCGCUUGUUGUGGGGAUUGCAAUCGCUUCAGUAGCUGGCUUUCUUCUUGUAGCGUCUGCUGUCAUUUUCUUCCUGGCCAGGACCCUUCGGGAUCAGUAUACAAAGAGUGAAAUAGAUGACUCAUUAGGACAAGGAGACAGCCUCUCAUCCAUUGAAAAUGCUGUCAAAUACAAUCCAAUGUAUGAGAGUGAUGCUACUGGAUACAGCCACUACUAUCGGAGGUAUCCACAGCUUACUUCUUACAGCUCAACCAGUAAUGAGACGUCUACCGAAUACAGCAGUGAAGAGAUCAGACACAUUUAUGAACACAGUGAGCUCACUAAGGAGGAAAUUCAGGACAGAAUACGGAUUUUAGAACUUUAUGCCAAAGACCGACAGUUCGCAGAGUUUGUAAGACAGCAUCAAAUGUGA